AGUCGUCAUUAGGUGCUAAGUUUCCUGCCUCUUUAGAUUGACGUCCUUAUCCAGGAGCCCAGACAGCAGCCGGAUUGCUGCACACAGAGGGGGUAAGAGGCUGAGGCAGGGCGGGCAAAAGCGCACCGCCAUCCAAUGAGAUCAGUGAUGGGAGGGAGUUUGUGGAACUCCUGCUUUGUCCUAACUUACUGUUGGACUCCUGAACACAAUAUGACUGAAGCGCCUGUACCGUUAUUCCACGGGACGUUGCGUGGGCUCAGCCGUCUGCACACACACACUGGCCGUCUGCGCUCUAACUUUGGAUAAACUUUUGUUUUCACGGAGCUCAGAGGAGCCGGAGGAUCUUCUGUCGUCUUUGCCUUUUUAGGGAUCGUUUGAUUCCUUACCGAAAAUAAUGCUGUAAUUGGAGAAGUUGAAGUGAAACUUUUUUCCUCAUCUGCAGGAUUCAUUCUCUCCAUUCAGAGGAUUAAGUCGCACUGGAAGAGUGCUCUCCUCUCUGCAGCAGAGAGGAGAGAAAAACACUUCACUGGACAAGUUGCAGACGGAAAGAGCGUGGAAAGAACUGUUGUUGCGUUUUUGUUUUAUUUUAAUCUUACUUUUGCACAAUGCUGGAGUGACCUUUUCGGACUAAACGAGCUCAGAAAAGUUGAUGCAUCAUCCGGCAUGGACUCUGUCUGAGAAAGGAGGACUGGCUCACUGACCAUGGCGCACACAGGUAGGAGUUUGGGCCGGUUUCACUUCAUUCUGCUGAUGCUUUGGACUUUAUCGCGGUACUCCGCAUCCAGCCAAAUCCGCCAAGAGUUUCGUGUAUUGGAGGAACAGCCCGUGGGCACCUAUGUGGGCACCAUAGAGACCAAGCCCAGCUUCACGUACCGCUUCAGCGAGCACCACAAACUUUUUGCCAUCAAUGGCACCACAGGUGUCAUUUUCACCUCCUCGGUGAUUGACAGGGAGGUCCUGACAAGUGAUGUCAUCAAUGUAGUGGUGCUGUCCAGUCAACCCACCUAUCCCACAGAAGUGCGGAUCGUAGUUUUGGAUAUUAAUGACAACUCACCGGUGUUUCCAGACGCCUCCAUUGUCGUUUCCUUUAAGGAGGACGCGAGCAGCGGCCGGCAGGUGAUCCUGGACACUGCCACUGACGCAGACAUUGGAAGUAACGGAGUUGAUCACACCACGUACAGAAUAGUAAAAGGCAACGAGCGGAGGAAAUUUCGCCUGGAUAUUACAGUCAAUCCAAGUGGAGAGGGCGCGUUCCUGCACCUCGUCUCCACUGGAGGCUUGGACAGAGAGUUCACUCCUUUCUACCAGCUGCUGAUUGAAGUGGAGGACAAGGGAGACCCCAAAAAGUUUGGCUACCUGCAAGUAAAUGUGACUAUUCAGGACAUAAAUGACAACCCCCCUCUGUUUGAACAAGAGCAAUAUCAUACCAGUGUUUUUGAGGAUACAGCAGUAGGGUCCAGUGUCCUGCAGGUCACAGCAUCAGAUCAGGACGAGGGAGCCAAUGCUGAAAUCAGGUACUUUUUAGAUGAGGGCACACCUUUCCAAAUAGACCCCAAAGUGGGUAUUAUCACUAUAAAAGAAGUUUUGGAUUAUGAGACUAAAAAAGAGUAUUCACUGACUAUUCAUGCAGUAGAUAACGGGAUGCCCUCUUUGUCAGGCAGAACAGAAGCCACAAUUAAACUUCUAGAUGUAAAUGACAACGACCCGGUGGUCAAAUUUAGAUAUUUUCCCACAACUUCUAAGUUUGCCUCAGUUGAUGAAAAUGCUCAAAUAGGUACAGUUGUGGCUCUGCUCACCGUCUCAGACUCAGACUCCGGCACUGCUAAUGGCAACAUAUCUGUUUCUAUCUUAGGAGGCAACGAGCAGAGGCACUUUGAAGUGCACACAUCCCCAGUGCCCAAUUUGAGUCUGAUCAAAGUAGCUAGUGUGUUAGACAGGGAGAGAAUUUCCUCGUACAACCUCACUGUGUCAGUGUCAGACAAUGGCAAACCUAUGGCACGCUCGUCCUUUGCCAGUUUGGUUAUUUUUGUGAACGAUAUAAAUGACCACCCUCCUAUAUUUCAGGAAACACUGUACAGAGUAGAUAUCAGUGAAGACAUACCAAAAGGCAGCUACAUUAAAGGGGUUUCUGCAACAGAUGGUGACUCCGGGCAGAAUGCCAACCUGCGCUACUCCCUGGUGUCUGGAAAUGCUUUGGGCUGGUUUUCCAUCAGUGAAAACAGUGGUCUGGUUACCAGUGCAGCUUUGCUGGAUAGGGAAAUAGCGUCUGAAAUUGUGCUCAACAUUAGUGCCAAAGACCAGGGGCUGCAGCCCAAGAUUUCCUACACUAAAUUGAUAAUCAACAUCACUGAUGUGAAUGACCAAGUGCCCACAUUUACUCAGAGCACAUAUCAUGUUUCUCUGCCGGAGCAUGCUCCUGCUGGCACUGAGCUGGUGGUGCUGUCUGCCUCAGAUGAUGACCGAGGGGCCAAUGGAACUGUCCGGUUCACUUUUGAUGCAGAGACUCCAGCCAAUGUCCAGGAGCUGUUUCGCCUGGAUGCAGUGUCAGGGCGAUUAAGCACAGCCGUGGAGUUAGACAGGGAGGAUCAGGGCUCCUACUUACUCCACAUCCAGGCAGCAGAUGCAGGCACCCCCCCUUUACACUCUUUAGGAAAAGUCAACAUCACUCUGAGAGAUAUCAAUGACAAUAGGCCAGUUUUCUACCCUGUGCAGUAUUUUGCCAAUGUAAAAGAAAAUGAGCCUUCAGGCUCUUAUGUGACCACAGUUUCAGCCACAGAUCCCGAUUUAGGUCGAAAUGGCACAGUCAGAUAUAUAAUUACAGCUGGAGAUGCUUCCAAAUUCCGCAUUAAUAGCAACACAGGGAAAAUUACCACUCUGGUGCCUCUGGAUAGGGAGGAAAAGACUGCUUACCAGCUGCAGGUGACAGCAGCAGAUGGUACUGGUCUGCGUUCAGACACUCAGGCCAUUGUGACUGUUACUGUCAUAGACACACAGGACAACCCUCCAGUAUUUGGUCAAAACAUCUACAGCUUUGUCAUGUUUGAAAAUGUUGGCAUUGGCACAGUGAUAGGGACAGUGUCAGCCACCACGGUGGAUUUAAACACAAACAUUUCAUAUCUGAUCACCUCUGGUGACCAAAGGGGAAUUUUUGCUGUUAACAGUGCAGGUCAGAUCACAGCGUCCAGUCAGGUAGACAGAGAAGAACAAGGUUUUUAUCAGCUGAAAGUAGUGGCCAGAGCUGGAGAGAUCACUGGAGAGGCAUUUGUUAAUGUGACAGUGAAGGACUUAAAUGAUAAUGCCCCUCAUUUUAUCCAUGCUGUGGAGCAUGUGAGUGCAGUGGAGAACUGGAGCACAGGUCAUGUCAUAUUCCAGGCCAAAGCUGCAGAUCCUGACGAGGGACCGAAUGGUGUGGUGGUCUACAGCCUCAAACAAAACCCCAGAGGUCUGUUUCAUAUUCAUGAGAAACAUGGUCUCAUCACACUGACCAGCCCACUAGAGGUCACCACUAGCUCUUAUGAGGUGGAGGUCAUGGCCUCAGACAUGGGGGUCCCACAGCACACCUCCAGCCUUAUCCUUAUCAUCAGUGUUUAUGACGUGAAUGACAACUCACCAGUCUUUGACCAGCUAUCAUAUGAAGUCAUAAUCCUGGAGUCUGAGCCUGUCAACAGCCGCUUUUUUAAAGUGGAGGCCACCGACAAAGACUCUGGUUUCAAUGGAGAGAUUAUCUACAACAUCGUUGGUGGCAACACUGGUGACGUGUUUGGCAUUUUCCCUGACGGCCAUCUGUAUAUCAAAGCAGAGCUGGACAGAGAGAUGCAGGACAGAUAUAACUUAGUAAUCUUGGCCAAGGACAGAGCUGUGGAACCGUUAAGUGCCACCGUCAAUGUCAGCGUGAUUCUUGAUGAUGUAAAUGACAACCGCCCUCUCUUUAACAGCACAAAUUAUGUGUUUCAUUUUGAGGAAGAGCAGAAAAGGGGGUCACUGGUUGGUCGGGUUUGUGCAGAGGAUAAGGACUUUGGACCAAACAGUGAUGUCAGAUAUACCUUUGAGAACCCGCAGCCCAAUUUUGAGCUGAAUGCCGUCACAGGAGAGUUGACCAGCACACUGCAGCUGGAUCGUGAGUCUCUCAUGAGACAGAGAGGCGCCGCUGUGUUCAGCUUUGUGGUCAUUUCAUCAGACCAGGGUCUCCCCAAGCCCCUCAGAGACCAGGCUAAAGUGCAGGUUUACAUUCAAGACAUCAAUGACAACACGCCUAAAUUCACCAAAGACAUUUACCAGGCCUCCAUCUCAGAGUCGGCUCAAAACAUGACACAGUUGCUGAGAGUCUCAGCUUCUGAUGUGGAUGAGAAUAAUAAUGGACUGGUGCGUUAUCGCAUCACUGAGGGCAAUGAGGAGGAGCAGUUUACCAUUGACAGCAGCUCUGGACAGGUUACAUUAGUAGGAAAGCUGGACUAUGAAUCUACAUUCUCCUAUUCUCUGAAAAUCUUAGCUGUUGAUGCUGGAGACGUGCCCUUGUCCUCCUCAUGUAUGCUCAGUAUCAGUGUCCUGGAUGAGAAUGAUAAUUCCCCAUCCUUCCCUAAAUCUUCCCUGUCUGUGGAUGUCUUGGAGAACAUGAGGAUAGGAGAGUUGGUGGCCUCUGUGACAGCUACUGAUGCAGACUCCGGUCAGAAUGCAGACAUUAUCUACAGCAUCACAGCUACGAACAACCAUGGCACUUUCAGCAUCAGCCCUAACACUGGCAGCAUCUUUCUGGUCAAAAAGCUGGACUUUGAAACACAGUCAUUUUACAAACUUAACAUUACGGCCAAAGAUAACGGGAGGCCUCCUCGCUCAUCCUCCAUCCCUGUGGUGAUCCAAGUCAGGGAUUUCAAUGACAAUCCUCCCAUAUUUACUCCUGGUGACAUUUUCAAAUCCAUUCCUGAGAAUCUUCCACUUUCAUCCUCGGUCAUGAUCAUUACAGCUCAUGACACAGAUGCGGACAUUAAUGGGCAGCUGGAGUAUUCCAUUGUCCAGCAGAUUCCCAGAGGAAACCACUUUAACAUUGACUCGGGCAGUGGACUCAUUUACACCAACAGAGAAAUUGACAGGGAGUUCUCUAAUCUGUUUGAGCUGACAGUCAAAGCCACAGACCAGGCGUUUCCAGUAGAAUUCCGCCGCUUUGCCUUGAAAAACGUCACAAUAUGGGUAACAGACCUGAAUGACAAUGUUCCGACUUUUGUAUCACAGAACGCCCUCGUGGCUGAGCCCAACAUUGUUAUCGGCUCCAUUCUGACAACAGUGGUGGCAGUUGACCCUGAUGACGGGGCAAAUGGUGAAGUGGAGUAUGAGCUUGUAGAAGGAGAUUCAGACACCUUCAUCAUGGACAGGUACAGCGGGGACAUUCGUCUGGCUUCCCAGCUGGUUCCAUCUCGACUCAUGUACACACUCGCCGUAUCAGCCACUGACCACGGCACCAACCGCAGGAUGUCCAGGACUGAGCUGACUAUCAUCCUCCAAGGCAUGGACGGCCCUGUUUUCUCCCAGCCCAAGUACAUCACCAUCUUAAAGGAAGGCCAGCCACCUGGCACCAAUGUCAUCUCCCUUGAUGCGUCAAGUCCACGGGGCUCAGCGACCAAAGUGGAGUAUUUCAUUGUGGCAGUGCGCAGUGGGGGAAAAGCUGUGGGUCGCCUGUUCACCAUUGGCCGCAACACUGGAGUGAUACAGACCGCAGCAGAGUUGGACAGAGAGAAGGGUUCUGAUCUGUACCUGGUGGAUGUGUACGCCAUUGAGACUGACGUCAAUCUACCUAGAACUCAACGUGCUGAGGUGGAGAUCACGCUGCAGGACGUCAACGACAACCCGCCUGUUUUCCCUAAUGAUAUUCUGGAUGUAACCAUUGAAGAGAACGUCGGAGAUGGCUUCAAGAUAAUGCAGCUAACAGCCACGGAUGCAGACGAGGGUCCAAAUGCUCUGGUGACCUACACCAUCAUUAGUGGGGCAGAUGACAGUUUCCGGAUCGACCCCGAAUCUGGUGAUCUGAUCGCCACCAAAAAACUGGAUCGGGAACGCCGCUCCAAAUACUCACUCCUUGUGCGUGCAGAUGAUGGAAAGCAGUCGUCUGAUAUGAGGCUCAACAUCACAGUCGAGGACAUCAAUGACCACACACCCAAAUUUUCCCGUGCUACCUAUUCUUUUGAUAUUCCUGAGGACAUGGCACCAGGCUCCAUUGUGGCGGCCAUCCUGGCCAGUGAUUCUGACUCGGGGGUCAAUGGAGAAGUCACUUAUUCGCUUGAGGAAGACGAUGAAGAUGAGACCUUCCUCCUGAACCCGGUGACGGGAGUUUUCAAUGUGACUCGUUCCCUUGACUUUGAGACCCAGCAGUAUUACAUUCUGACAGCGAAGGCCCAGGACGGAGGCGGGCAGGCUAGCACUGUCAGAGUCUACUUUAAUGUUCUGGACGUGAACGACAACCCGCCCAUUUUUAACACCAGUGUUUACAGCGCGUCUGUCUCUGAGAGUCUGCCGCAGGGAUCCAGUAUCAUCACUGUUGGAGCCACUGAUGCUGAUGAUGGACCUAAUGCUCAACUACUCUACAAUAUCGCCUCUGGAGAUCCCCAGGGUCACUUUGUCAUCAACAAGGAAGGAGUCCUUCAAACAAAGAAGCUUCUGGAUCGAGAAACACAAUCCUUUUAUAAUCUGGUGAUCACAGUGAACGACCUGGCUCCGCCCCCUAUGACCCGCUUCACCAGCACUGCUCAGGUGUCGAUUAUUUUGCUGGAUGUCAACGACUGCCCACCGACCUUUACCUCCCAGAAGAUGACCUACAUCCAAGAGAACACGCCUGUGGACACUGUAGUAUUCACCGCACAGGCAACAGAUGCAGACAGUGGACCCAACAGCUACGUUGAGUACUCUCUCAGAGGACCUCACGGAAACAAGUUCAGCAUCGGUAAUGUUGAUGGAGAUGUCAGGCUGGUUGGGGAACUUGACCGUGAGGAGUUUUCCAACUACACUAUAACAGUUGUGGCAACAGAUAAGGGAGAACCGCCUCUGUCUUCAACCAUGGAUGUGACCAUGAUGGUACUGGAUGUCAAUGAUAACACACCAAGUUUCUCACAAAAUAUAUAUGACAUUGAGAUUGAGGAGAGCACCUUGACAGGAACCGAUAUCAUCCAGGUGUUUGCCAGCGAUGCAGACGAGGGCACUAGUGGACAAAUUCGAUUUUCCAUUUCAGAAGGAAACAUAAAUUCUGAUUUCAGGAUUGACUCAGUCACUGGGGUGAUUUCAGUCGCCAAGCAGCUGGACAGGGAAGCACACUCCUCCUACUCACUGGUAGUUCAAGCCUCAGACCGUGGCAACAACCCCAGGGUGGACCGUGCAACAGUCAACAUUGUGUUGUUGGACGACAAUGACUGCUCACCUGUGUUUGAGCUGUCGCCGUACAUCGUCAACGUGCAGGAAAACCUUGAACGUCUGCCGCAAAAUAUUUUGCAGGUUGUUGCCAGAGAUGACGACCAGAGUGCCAACAGCCAGCUAAGCUACAUGCUGAGUGGAGGGAAUGACGAUGGAACGUUCAGUCUGUCGUCUAGUGGUCAGCUGAGCCUGACCCAGACUCUAGACCGAGAAGUUCAGGGCCAAUAUGUCCUCCUGGUCACGGCCACCGACUCAGGAUCUCCUCCACUGAGCGGAACAGGGACUGUGACUGUUCUGGUAGACGAUGAGAACGACAACACCCCCGUCUUCAGCUCCUCCACAUUCUACACCACCAUCGCGGAGGAUGCACCCACAGGGACAGACGUGCUGCUCGUCAACAGCUCGGAUGCAGAUGUGGGCAUGAACGGCGUCAUAAGCUACAGCCUAUCAGGAGGACACAGCCAGUUCUCUAUCAACCCAGCCACAGGACAGAUUAUCACUAGCUCUCUACUGGACCGAGAGGACAGGGCUAAUUACCAACUGCUGGUCGUGGCCACUGACGGAGGGCAGCCCGAGGGCUUGUCCAGCUCGACCACGGUGUCAGUGACGGUUUCAGACAUCAAUGACAACCCUCCACGCUUCCACCACCAUCCUUAUGUCACUCACAUUCCUGCCUCCACUGCUGCUGGGUCCUUGGUCUUUGCUGUCACUGUCACUGAUGAGGACUCAGGCUCCAAUGCACAGUUGCACUAUUCCCUUAUGGGCCGAAACUCAGAAAAAUUCAAGAUAGACCCAGUCAGAGGGGCCAUUACUGCCAAUGAAAAGCUGACAGGAACUUCAGAGGUGACCCUCACAGUUCGAGUGAAGGAUGGUGGAGCUAAUCCCAAAACAGAUACAACCACUGUGACUGUCCGCUUUGUUACUGGAGGGAACUUCCCUGUCAUCAAGGUGAAGGAACGUGUGUUCACGUUCCCUGAGAACCAGCCGACCAAUCACAUAGUUACCUCAGUGGGUGGGUCUUCCAUGAGAGGUGGCUCCCUGUCAUAUUACAUCGCCAGUGGAAACCUGGAUAAUGCUUUUCACAUUGACCAGCUAUCUGGGGAACUGUCCAUCAGACACUCUUUGGAUUAUGAGCAGAUCCAGAAGUAUGUUCUCUGGGUUGAGGCUAGAGAUCAGGGUUUCCCACCUUAUUCCUCUUAUGAAAAAGUGGAAAUCAAUGUGCUGGAUGUAAAUGACAAUCACCCUGUGUUUGAUAAGGAUCCCUUCCAUGCUGAAAUACUGGAAAACGUUUCACCUCAGAGAGUGUUAAUUGUCUCUGCUCUUGAUCUAGACAGCGGGCCUAAUGGCCAGCUGGAAUAUGCCAUCAUUGACGGCAACAAGGAAAACAGCUUCAGCAUCACUCGAGCAACUGGUGAAAUUAGAACCACCAGGCCUCUUGAUCGGGAGAAAGUGGCUCAGUAUUCUUUGAAGGUAAAAGCUACAGAUCGGGGGUUGCCUCCUAAAAGCACAGCUGUCAAAGUGGUAAUCACUGUCUUGGACGUAAAUGACAAUGCUCCAAAGUUCUCCAAAAUCUUCAGUGCUGCAGUGGCUGAAAAUGCCCCCGUGGGUUACGUUGUAACCAGGGUCACCACCACAGAUGAAGAUGCUGGUUCAAAUGCCAUUAGCAGAUAUUCAAUCACAGAUACCAGCCUUCCAUUCAACAUUAAUCCAAGCUCUGGAGACAUUACCAUAAGCAGGCCACUCAAUAGAGAAGACACUGAUCAUUACAUUGUUAAAGUGUCUGCCCAUGACUCUGGUUGGACUGUAAGCACGGAUGUUACCAUAUUCAUAACAGAUAUUAAUGAUAAUGCACCUCGAUUUAGUCGCCCGUCUUACUACCUGGACUACCCCGAGCUCACAGAGGUGGGCUCUCUUGUUACUCAAGUGUACGCCACAGAUUCUGACGAAGGUAUUAAUGGCAAAAUUUUCUAUUUCAUUCGGUCCCAGUCAGAAUUUUUCCGAAUAAAUGCAACAACUGGUGAGAUAUUUGUAAAGCAGCUGUUAAAAUACCAGAAUUCAAGUGCAAGUAGCAUAAACAUAAAUCGCCACAGCUUCAUCGUAACAGCCUCAGAUCGGGCGGUCAAACCUUUGAUGAGUGAGACUACAGUAAUUGUGAACAUUGUGGACAGUAAUGACAAUCCACCUGUGUUCAGCUCCCUAAGCUACUUCACUCCUGUCACUAAGAGCGUUAAAGUUGGCACAAGACUGAUAAGAGUUGAUGCUCAGGACAAAAAGGACUUUGGCCUCAAUUCUGAGGUGGAAUACAUGAUAACAGGUGGAAACAGCUCUAGCAAAUUCAAACUAGAUAAGACCAGUGGAUGGGUUACUGUUGCCACCUCUUUGGUGUCAGAUAUGAAGAAGAUUUUCCUCAUGGACAUCACAGCCAGUGAUAAGGGUAACCCUCCUUUGUCAGCACAGACAUCAGUGAGAAUUGCAGUCACGGAGGAAAAUCAUCACACACCAGAGUUUUCACAGAGCCACAUCUCAGCCACUGUACCUGAAAGUCUUACUGUGGGAACGGCGAUAAGGACACUGUCAGCUAGAGACAAGGACAAAGAAACGAAUGGUGUCAUAACUUAUAAUAUCACAUCAGGCAAUGACAAAGGUUUGUUCACGCUCAACAGUAAAACUGGAGUGUUGUCUUUAGCUCAGCCUCUAGAUUUUGAGGAGAAUCAGCAGCACGAGCUCAGAGUCUCAGCCACAGACGGAGGCUGGAUUGCAAAAACAAGUUACGUGUCUGUGACCGUACAUGUGACUGAUGUGAAUGACAACCCUCCUGUGUUUGACCCCGAUGAGUACUUCCCUACUGUGCAGGAGAAUGUUCCUAGUGGCACAACUGUGGUUAAAAUGGACGCCACUGACCGAGAUUCAGGAGCUAAUGCUGUCAUGGCCUAUGUUAUCCAAUCAUCAGACAGUGACCUCUUUGUUAUUGACCCAAACUCUGGCACCAUCACCACCCAGGGCUUCUUGGAUUACGAGGCUAAGCAGGUCUACCAUUUAACAGUGAAGGCCUUCAAUGUCCCAGACGAGGAGCGCUGCAGCUUCGCCAAUGUCAACAUUCAACUAAAGGGAGCCAAUGAAUAUGUACCCCGCUUUGUCUCCAAACAGUACUACUUUGAAAUCUCUGAAGCUGCUCCAAAAGGCACAGUGGUCGGAGAAGUGUUUGCCAGCGAUCGAGACCAAGGAGAUGAUGGAGUGGUUCACUACCUCAUUUUUGGGAAGAGCAGGAAAAAAGGCUUUGGCAUUAAUAAGAGGACAGGUCAGAUUUAUGUCACAGGUACUCUAGAUCGUGAGAAAGAAGAAAAGAUAUCAUUAAAGGUGUUAGCCAAGAAUGCAGGCAGCAUCAGGGGAGCAGAUAUUGAUGAAGUUUUUGUGAAUAUCACCAUUCUUGAUGCUAAUGACCCACCUGUUUUUACACAAGAACUGUAUGAUGUGCAGGUUAGUGAAGGUCUCUCACCAGGAGGUCUGGUAACCUUUGUGAGCGCUGAGGACUCAGACUCUGUUCCAAGUUGGAGCAGAUUUACUUACUCCAUUUCUCCGGAGUUCGAUAAAAAUGUUUUUACUAUCAACCCUAAAACGGGCCAAGUGUCUGUGGCUGCAGAGCUGGACAGAGAAACGACUCCUGUUUAUAAUCUAACCAUUCUAGCCGUGGAUACUGGCACACCUCCUGCAACAGGAAGUACCACAGUUAUUGUGAAUCUGGAAGAUAUCAAUGAUAAUGGUCCAACUUUGACAAAAACGUAUGCUGAAGUAAUGGAGAACCAGAGAGCUGGCACUGGAGUGACAAUGUUAACAGCUUCUGACCCAGAUUUACCUCCCAACCAAGGCCCUUUCCUAUACAGUCUCCUCAGUUCUGGCUCUGCCAACAGCUAUUUCAGCUUAAGUCCAGCUGGAGUUUUAACUACGAGCAGAGAGAUAGACAGAGAACAAAUAAGUGACUUCUACCUCUCUGUUAUGAUUAAGGAUUCCGGUUUGCCUCAAAUGUCUUCCACAGGAACGGUCCGCAUCAAAAUAAAUGACCAGAAUGACAAUCCUUCUGAGCCAAGAUCCAUGGAAAUAUUUGUCCACUACUUUGGGAACAUGUUUCCUGGUGGUUCCCUGGGUGAUGUCAAACCCAGAGACCCAGACAUUCAGGAUAGGUUUCACUGCUCCCUUAUUCCACCAUCCUCUGGUCUGUUCAGUAUCCCAACUGGAACCUGCAAUCUCAACGCUAAAUCCCGUUCAACAGAUGGAACUUUUGAACUAACUAUUCGCAGUAGUGAUGGUGUCCAUGGAUCAGUCAGUAAUACGGCCAGGGUCGUCUUCAUGGGCUUCACCAAUGCUACAGUGGACAACAGCAUACUCAUUCGACUCCACACCCAAGGAGUCAGAGACUUCCUUAUGAACCACUACCUCAGCUUUUUACGCAUUUCCCAUUCCCAGCUAGCAGGACUGGGAACAGGGGUGCUCCUGUACGGAGCAUUUGAGCUUAACAAUCAGACUUUCCUGAUGGCAGCUGUUAAACGAGGCCAUGGACAAUAUGUGAACCCCAGUGGUGUAGCCACAUUCUUUCAAAGUAUCAAAGACAUUUUAUAUAGGCAGAGUGGGGUGCAAAUAGACGCCGUGGACCAUGAUCCUUGCACACACAACCCUUGCCAGAACGGAGGCAGCUGCAAACGGCGUCUCAGUGUCGGGCCUGAUAUGAAGACAGAAGAAAGUGUCCCAGUGAUCCUUGUUUCUAACAACCCCCUGCAGCCCUACGCCUGCAGCUGCAGACCAGGCUACACGGGAGCUCUGUGUGAGACAGACGUUGACGAGUGCCAGCCAUCACCCUGCCACAAUGGUGGCACCUGUCACAAUUUGGUGGGUGGUUUCUCAUGCACCUGUCCUGAAGGUUUCACGGGCAUGGCCUGUGAGAGAGAUAUCAACGAAUGUUUGUCCAAUCCCUGCAAAAAUGGAGCAAUGUGCCAGAACUUCCCUGGAGGUUUCAACUGCUUGUGCAAGUCAGGCUUUGCAGGCAAAACGUGUGAUUCCAUCAUCAAUCACUGUGAAUGUAACCCUUGUUUUAACGGUGGGUCCUGUCAGAACCGCGUGGAUGGAUAUUACUGUCAUUGUCCAUUUGGGGUUUUCGGCAAACACUGUGAACUGAACAGCUACGGCUUUGAGGAGCUCUCCUACAUGGAGUUUCCGUCUCUGGAUCCCAACAAUAAUUACAUAUAUAUUAAGUUUGCUACACUGCAGAGCAAUGCACUGCUUAUGUACAACCACGAUAACCAGACCGGAGACAAGGCGGAGUUCCUGGCUCUGGAGAUCUUCGAGGGACGGAUGCGAUUCUCAUUUAACCUCGGGAGUGGAACUUACAAACUCAUGACUAUGAUAAGAGUCUCAGAUGGGCAGUUCCACACAGUCAUCGCCAGGAGAGCUGGGAUGGCUGCAUCCCUCACUGUAGACCUGUGUGGCGAUGACCAAGAACCAGGCUAUUGUGCUGUGAGCAACGUGGCAGUACACACUGACUGGAUCCUGGAUGUUCAGCCCAACAGGCUCUCUGUGGGGGGUGUCAGGUCAAUAGAACCUGUCCUUCAUCGGCGUGGUCAGAUUGCCACCCACGACUUUGUCGGCUGCAUCAUGGAGUUUGCCGUCAAUGGCCGCCCAUUGGAGCCCAGUCAGGCGCUGGCAUCGCGUGGCAUCCUUGACAGAUGUCCAAGACUGGAAGGAGCCUGCACGGCGAACCCUUGCAGACAUGGGGGCACCUGUUUGGACCACUGGUCUUGGCAACAGUGCCAGUGUGUGGAUGGAUUCACAGGCAAAUACUGUGAAAAAUACAUUACACCAGACACCGCCCUGUCUCUAGAUGGUACCGGCAGACUGGAUUACUCCCUGAAGCAGGGUCCGAAACGCGACGUCCUGCUCCAACAGUCGCUGCAGGGUAGGCCUGUACAACGCGGCGGUCCCAGCAGCUUGGAGAUUAAGUUCAGGACACGCAGCAAGACUGGCACCCUGCUGCAUGUGCAGGAGAGCAGCAACUACACGACUGUAAAGCUGAGGAAUGGCAACAUCCACUACAUAUCAGAUGCAGGUGUUGGUGGGAAAGUGGAGCGGACCAUGGGAGACGUAGUGUUGUCUGACGGUCAUUGGCACACACUUCAGAUGGUGAAGAAUGGCUCAGCCACGGUGAUCCAGGUGGAUAGUGGUCACCCUAGGGUGAUCCAGCACAUGACACAGGACUUUGGGGGGCUUGAUGUUCUAACCUUCUCUCUUGGAGGGAUUCCACCAGGACCAGCCCAGCAGAAAACAGCAGCAGGUUUCGAUGGCUGUUUGGCGUAUGUGAAGUACAACAGGGAGAACCUGCCAUUCAGUGGAGAACACAGCCUUGUCACAAUAACAAAGACUAGUCCAUCUGUCAAGAUUGGUUGCAGAGGUCCCAACCUCUGUGAGAGCAAUCCCUGCAGAGACGGCCUAAUGUGUGUCAACCAGUGGUACACCUACCAGUGUGUCCCGCCUGGUGACUGUGCGUCUAAUCCCUGCCAAAACCACGGCAGCUGUGUGCCAGAUUCGUAUUCGGGUUACACCUGUGUCUGCUCUGAAUUCUACACAGGAAAGACAUGUGAAGCCUUGGUGGCCUGUCUGGGUGUACAGUGUCCUCAAGGUACUGUUUGCAAAACAGCCAACAAUGGAGGGUUCAUCUGCAGCCCGAUCCCCACGGCAGAGACAAUGGUCUUACCCAUCUGGGCAGUGCCUGCUAUUGUUGGCAGCUGUGCUACUGUUCUUGCCUUGGUGGUCCUCAGCCUGAUCCUGUGCAACCACUGCAGGGGCCGCCACAAGACUAAAGUGCCAAAGGAACCUAAGGAGAAGAAACCUAAGGAAAAGAAGAAGAAGAAAAAGAAGGGUAGUGAGAAUGUAGCUUUUGAUGACCCAGACAAUAUCCCACCAUAUGGAGAUGACAUGACAGUACGGAAGCAACCGGAGGGAAAUCCUAAACCAGACAUCAUCGAGAGGGAAAACCCUUAUCUGAUCUACGACGAAACAGACAUUCCGCUCACAAACGAGACUGUCCCUAGUGCUCCCUGCGCACCCUGCAACGGACCAGAGGCAGAUAUUGAGCACUAUGACAUCGACAAUGCCAGCAGUAUCGCUCCUUCUGAUGCAGACAUCAUCCAGCACUACAAACAGUUCCGCAGCCACACCCCCAAGUUCUCCAUCCAGAGACACAGCCCACUGGGCUUCGCCAGACAGUCACCCCUACCACUUGGUGCAACUAGUUACACCUACCAGCCUCAGUAUACACAAGCACUGAGAGCUACACCAUUAAGCCACUCCCACUCAGCCUGCCCCACUCCCAACCCUCUGUCCAGACACUCUCCAGCUCCUUUCACAAAACCCUCAUCCUUUUACCGCAACACUCCAACCAGAGAUCUCAAUCUGGCUCGUCGUGAGGGCAGUCCUUUAGACCUGCACAAUGACAUGUGUCAGCCUCCACCGAUGUUCAACUAUGCCACUCGGCUGGGGAGGCGGAGCAAAAGUCCACAGACCAUGGCAAGUCACAGCCACACCUCCAGGCCUGGAAGUCGGCUGAAGCAGCCGAUUGAGCAAAUUCCCCUGGAGACAGGUCCUCCUGUGGGGCUGUCCAUUGAGGAAGUGGAGCGACUAAAUACUCCACGCCCACGCAACCCCAGCAUCUGCAGUGCUGAUCAUGGGCGCUCCAGCUCAGAGGAGGACUGUCGCAGGCCACUGUCAAGGGUCCGCAACCCUGCAGAUGGCAUUCCAGCACCAGAGUCCUCCUCAGAAAGUGACUCGCAUGACUCCUUCACAUGUUCAGAGAUGGAGUAUGACCGUGAAAAACCUGUAUCUUAUACAUCAAGGGUCCCCAAGCUCUCACAAGUCAACGAGUCAGAUGCCGACGAUGAGGACUAUGGUGGGAGGCUCAAGCAGAGGCGUUACUCAAGUAGGAGGGCAGAGGGGGGGCCUGGAGUUUCCCAGAUGCCCCCUGGAGAUCAGCAUUAUACAUUGCCCCAUAAACUGGGCCAGCAAGCUGGGGGGUUUAACUGGGACAAUCUCUUGAACUGGGGCCCUGGCUUUGGGCAAUAUGUGGACGUGUUUAAGGACUUAGCCUCGCUUCCAGAGAAUGCAGGGGCAAAAGACAUUGAAAUGAACAGUGGAGAUGGUUCAGUGACUAUUUUAAAUGAAGGGGAAGCUGAGCAAUACGUAUGAGACUAUUUAUUAUGUUGUAGAACAUGGUAACGUUCUUUGCUUUUUAUAAAUGAGACUGUAUAUAUCAGAGUGCGUUGGACUUUUUGAAAAUAUGCGACGACUCUCAAUGCAGUAAGGCAGAAAAAUGGCACCUGUGACGUGACAGAGAUUUUUCAUUUGCCACCUUGGAAUCAUUUUCCAGUCUUUAUUUAAGUUUUAAUCUCAUCUGUACAAACAUGCAUUCAUCUGUGAGGCCUCAUUACGACGAAUCACUGAUGCCGCUCACCUCAAAGAGGAAUGAAAAAAAAAAAAAAAUUACGGCUGAACUCAAUUUAGUGACUGCAGAGUUCCUUCCAGAUUAUCUCGAUCAUGCAUUGCUGUGUUUUAUUAACCACGAUUUGUCUUUCCAGAAAACUUCUUUGUGACAUCCAAAGCUAAGAGAUAAGAGUGCAGAUUAUGUUAACACUCUGAGGGAAUAAAAUUCCAAUGGGCCAUGAAGCUGAAGAAAAAAAAUCAUAGUUUUGGUUGGUUUAAAAGGUUCCAUUUUUUUAUUUGCCUAAAUGGAAGCACAUGUGUUUGAUCUGGACUGCACCUGUUGCUGACAGGACACGGCACUCAGACUGAAUCGGAGUACACCCAUUUGCUUGUACGGUAUUUGAGACCUCACCAAUGCCAUGAUCCCUGUAUGUUUUCUCACAGAAGACUGGAUAAAUGCUUCGAGUGUGGGGGGGUCUUUAUGUCUCCUGCCUUACAAACUUUUGAGGAUUUCAGUAACUGGGUGGGGGAAGCACUUUGUUAUCUUUUUUCCAGCUUAAGUUAAGUUGGAGUGGUUUUCUUCUUUUCUUUCCCAGAUUUCUGUUACAUCUGUUAUAUCUGUGUGUUCUGACAACCCAAGUUGUUUUUCAGGCAACGACGAUGAUGAAGUCGAUAAUAAUGUACAGUAACGCUCUUAUAGACCUUUCCCCAACUAAACACUAUGAACCUGUGUACAUUUACAAAAAAAAAAAAAAAAAAACAUGAACAAUUGUGGUUUUAUUAGUUGUUGGUGUUCUUGUCCAUUUUUUUUUACAUGUAUGGUUUCUACAUUUUGUACUGUUUAUUAACUUAAUUACUUAAGCUGUGUUUUUAUUGAUAUUUUCAUAUGCAGAAAAGUAUGUUCUUACUUUCGGGGAAAGUAAGAUUAAAGACUUAUUUUUUACAUUUGUUACAUAUGUAACAUCAGUAUUUUCCACUUUUGAUAUAACUAUAACAUGCUGUAUGCUUUGUACCUGUAAAAAGCCAAUAACAGAAUAAAAAAAAGUAUUUAUUUAAAA